UUGUACAAAUCAGAGGAGCUUCCUUCAUUUGCUGUGUGAUCAUCACACAAGUCUCUAACCUGUGACAAACAAUGUCUUUUUUGGACACUCUUCGUCAGUGGGACGACGCUGUAACAUGUGUGGACAGAAACGAUUUGACAGAGGCACUGGGGAUUUUCUUGGCCAUCCAAGAACCCAACUCCAAAAUUUGUUUUAACAUCGGUUGUCUCCAGCUUCUGAACGAAAACCUGGAUGCUGCUGAAAAGGCCUUUGACUGCAGCAUAUGCAAGGAUGAGCACUUGGCCGUCGCCUUCUUUCAAAGAGGAAUCACCUUUUAUAAAAAGAAGAGGUAUGAGGAGAGUGUUGGUGAUUUCCAUCUUGCCCUCAAGGCUCUAAGGGGCAACCAGCUGAUAGAUUACAAAGUCCUUGGUCUCAGAUACAAGUUACAUGCAUGUGAGGUUCUGCACAACAUUGCCCUGGCGGAGGCUCACAUGGGUCAGUGGGAAAACGCCCAGAAGACCCUUACGAAGGCCCUCGGAUACAAGACGGACACUAAGCUCAAUGUCAUCGACAGAGCUAUGCAGUCUAUCCUGAAACAGAAAGUUUUUAAAGUAGUGGAGUUCCCAUCAACUGUGCUGUUUAGACCAAAUAAACACUAUGUUGCUGAAUUGGAGAAGAAGGACUACUUGGGAAAAUCCAAGGUGGUUGCCUCCGUUGUUCCCCAGGAUCAGUUCUCUGGAUUUGCCCCUUUACAGCCACAGAUUGCGCAGGAACCUUCAAGUCCUAAGGAGCCUGAGGUUCUGAGGGCUUUGGAAGGAGACCCUCACAUCGUGCGCUAUGAGUUUAUUCCUGAGACCAGCGAUGAGCUAGCCGUUGUCCCAGGCAACAUUGUGUUUGUUCUGCAGAAAGGUUCGGACAACUGGGCCUCGGUCAUCUUCAAUGGAAGAAAGGGACUUGUUCCUUAUAAUUACUUGGAACAUUUGGAAAUGUCCUUAGCUGCCAAGCAGAAUAAGGAAUUAUCAGAACCUCCAAGUCGGGUACCACCAACAAGGCCAGAAAGGAAACAAGGUCUUGAUCGUGAUAACAUCAGCAAUGGAGACUCACAACAGAAGGAAACUCAGCCUGCUGACAACACGUGUAUUGUCAAAGUUUACUACACAUUCAACUUUGCAGUGUCUCUAGCAAGUGGCUCCACUUACGCGACACUGAUUGAAAAGAUCAGUAAAAAACUGAACCUCUCUUCCUCGUCAGUCACGUUGAGUUUAACAUCAGACUCAACAAGUGCCAUGAAUGAAGACACAGACAUGGAGAGUGUUUGGAGUCGUGCUCAGAGCAAGCACCUCACAUUGUGGUGUAUUACCCAAGAACGAACUGAAGUAAAGCAACAGAACAAUGACAUCAUUUUGGUGGCAAUUCACUCCUACGAGUCAACAAAUCCCGAGGAUCUCAGUUUUAUUCAGGGGGAUAAAAUCACACUCGUCUCUACAAUUAACCAGGACUGGUUUGAAGGACAUUUGAAUGGAAACACUGGCAUCUUUCCUGCAUCCUUUGUGGAGGAAGUUCCUGUGAUUGGCCAAUGAUGUUUGCAAAUGUAAAUACACAACUGACUGAAACUUACGUGGCAAUAGCGAUGCCUCUCCUGCCCUCCACAGCUUUCCCCACGGAUGUCUCCCCCAACUUCUGCUCCAAGCCGCGCCAGCUCCGUGUCGCUAAAAACGAUGCUGAAAAGACACAGUAAACACUUGAAAUGUGCUUUCACGUUCUACUGCAAGUUUACAACAAUAAAGGAAUA